UACCAUUACGUCUAGAUACUAUAAGGCCACACAUAAUGUCAGAUGAACACCAAAAUAAAUUAACAUAUUCUCGAAGUAAUACAUUGAAGAUGGAUACCAUCUUAACAAACUUGAAAUCUGAUCAAUUUAUGUGGAUUUGCACAUAAAUCAUAUACAUGUAUAUAGUCUACAUUACCACAUCAAUUCUCAAUUACAUUUUGUUUGUAACACACCAGACUAUGUUUUAAUAUGUCUUCCGAAUACAGUUCUUAAAAAAUGGAGUCAAGUUUUAUAAAAUAAAUAAAUAAAUAAAUAUAAACCAGUUCUUUCUCCGAGCCUUCAAGAGAACAUGCUGUCAGUGGGCGGGCAGGGCCAGUGACAUAAAUACAAUACGUGACACUGAUCGUUUUUCACGCCAGAACAAAUAUAUAUACUGUAUAUAUGCCCCCAAAACACAACAAACAUGGUCGAGUGGACACAAGAAGAGCGCGUCAUCAUAAAGGAGAUUUUCAGUAAACUAAAUUAUGAAGACGUCGGACCGAAAUCCCUGUGCAGGAUUCUAGUUGUUUACCCCUGGACCCAGCGGUAUUUUGCACAUUUUGGAAACCUGUACAACCCCGAAAUGAUAUUGGCGAACCCAAAGAUCGCGAAUCAUGGUGUCGUCGUGUUCCGAGGGCUGGAAAUGGCCGUACAGAACAUGGACAACAUCAAAAACACGUACGCUAACCUGAGCAAACUGCACUCCGAGAAACUUCACGUGGAUCCCGACAAUUUCCAGCUGCUGGCUGAUUGCAUCACGAUCGUGAUUGCGACCAAGAUGCGCUCUGCCUUCACACCCGAGAAGCAGGCUACAUGGUACAAGUUCUUGUCCGUCGUCGUCUCCGCUUUGAGCAAACAGUAUUUUUGAGCUUUUCUUUUAUACUGAACCACGUUGUUAAAUAAAGGAUAUUUUGUA